AUGAUAAACAACGAAAAUAAUUCAAAUAGUGCAUCAACUGAAGAAAAAGCGGAACAUCCAUUCGAUUUGGUAGGAUGGAACGAAACAAAAAUCACUAGGCCAUCAACAAAAGAUAUCGAAAUUGUGGAAAAGCAACUCAACAAGAAAUCCAAAGUUGUUCCACCAAGUGCGAUUGUCAAAAGAUGCAAAUGGGGAUAUCCCCAAGUAACAUUUGCUUUCACAAGCAAGAAUUUAGAAAAGAAUGUUGGCAACAAUCAUUUUGUACCGGGAACAUUUUUAUGGUUGACUUGCCCACGAGUCAACCAUAUAGUGGACAAGAUUGAAACUAGUGACGAAUUCAACAUAAUAAGACAAGAAUUUGGAGCUGAUCUUAAUUUUCCUAAAAGUAAAAAGGAGAAACGAAAAGCUCAAAAUCCUCAAACCAGUGAGAAAAAGACCAAGCAAGAAGAUUCUAGUACAUCCAUUGAAGAAAAAGAAACAACUAAUUUACUUAUGGAAACCUUUAAAAAUUAUGAUGACUGGCUUUCCAACAAAGCAAAAAUAACGGAAGGAAUUGAUAAGGAUACAGCUCUUUUGACACCUGAAGAAUUUAUCAUGUGGAAGUAUUCAGUAUACGAAAAAGAUUUGACUAAUUUACCACCCCAAAGAAAACGAUAUGGUAAUGCUGGUGUUUCUGUACCAACAUCUAUCAAAUGUCUUCAUUCUCACGUUGCCUCUUAUAUGGCAGGUGCCAAAGAUCAUGUUGGUAAGCGUACCUUUGAAGAAGGAAAAAACGUUAUCGUGAAUGUUUUACAUGAAGAAGAUAUUGAGGACUUAAAUUUCCCUUUAGAUUGUCGGUCUAACUGCAUUCGAUGUCGAGCGUUUGACACUGACCAUUCCAACAAAACAGAGAAAGAUGAGCAAUAA